AUGUCUUGCUGGGGAGUAGGUUUAUCAGAAAAUGGCUGGAUGACAAGCAAGUCGUUUUAUGAGUGGGUUGUUAAUGUUUUUUAUCCUUGGUUGGUUAAAAACAAUACAGACUUUCCAGUUGUGUUAUUUCUCGAUAGUCAUUCAUCACAUUCAACUCUGCUACUUAGUGAAUUUUGUAGAGAAAAAAAAAUCGAGUUGAUAACUUUACUUCCAAAUGCAACGCAUAUUCUUCAGCCAUUAGACGUUGGUCUAUUUCGUCCCUUGAAAAUAUCAUGGAGUAAGGCUGUAAAAAAUUGGAAAUUUUCAAAUAAAGGUGCACGUAUAAGACGUGAAGAUUUUGGAAAUAUAAUGGCUACUGCAAUUAAAGAGCUAGAUUUGAAAAUUGUUUUUGCAAAUGCAUUUAGAGCUACUGGUUUACAUUCACUCACUGCUGAUGGUAUUGAUUUUGAAAAAUAUUUUAAAAAUACAGAAACAACAAAUGAUUAA